AUGUGCCACGCGCGGGGGCCUCUUCUCACAGGCCUCGCUUUGGUGGUCGUUGCGCUCAGCGCCGUGCGUGCCAAUGACAUUCUGUUCCACGACGACUUCGAGGGCCAGCCCUCGUUCCCCAAUAGCCACUGGCAAAUCGGCCACUUCCUCAACAAUCGCACCAAUGGCGUGGUCGUACCAGACCCGGACAACCCGACCAACAUGGUGCUGUCGUUCAACAACACCGUCCCCUUCACCGGCGGCGGCGACCUCUUCACCCAAGGCCUCUUCACAACCCCCACGGGAAGGUUCAAGGUGAGCUUAGAUUUCAAGGGCACGCCCGGGUGCAUUACCUACAUCGGGUGGUACUUCCCUCCGCUGCCGCCCUCGAGCGACCCUCAAUUGCUGGUCGGGCGGCACGGGUGGAUGGGCGCAUCCAGGACUGAAUACUGCGCUCGCCUUCCCCUGGACACUCUGGAGCCGAGGCUUCAGACCUGCGACCAGAGUAUGACAGGCCUGCCCAACGGUGACUGGACCCACUACGAGAUCGAACCGGCCCUCGCCUGCCUCAUCAACUUCCCACGCAACGAGACCGCGAUCGCGCAGGGCUUCGGGGUGAUGGUGGAAGACACGGGCAGUACGCCCUUCAGCUGCUUCUACGACAACAUCACCCUCACAGCCAUCGUGCCCACCUCGUCCGCGGCAACGGUGGGCACCGACUCGAUCAAGGUCAACUUCACCCUCGACUCUCCGUCCUUCGUCAUGAAGCCUGCUCUGGAGACGAUCACCACAUCGGUCACGGCUGACUUUGUGCGGGCGGUGGAGCUAAGUCCCAACAACAGCACCAACUCGAGCGUCGUCGUCAGCCGCGACUUUCCCACGACCGGCUAUGCCGUCGCUUCCUCAGGCCCCGAGGUAACUUUCACGAAUACGCUGCCGCUGUACGGCGCCAAGAACGCGACGUUCGAGGUGGUGUACACCCUGUUCAGCGGCGGCGAGCAGGUGGACACCGGCGCGGCCGUGUUCACCGCCGCCAAGGACUCGCUCGAGUGGGCCAUCCAGAUCCGCGACUGGCCCUUCGCCGCCCCCGACAACUUGCUCCUGGUCGAGUUCGGCCUGGGCCACUUCUCCUCCCGCGGUGCUGACGUCAGCGUGGGCACCUACAGGCUCGAGAGCGCGACCCAUCGCGCCGACGAGAAGCUCGACGAGUACGUGCUGCGGCUGCUCGACGCCCGGGGCCAGCCCGGCGCGGGGCUCAAGCUCAUCGUACCGCUCGUGGCCUUCAUCGAUGGCGCGGCCCAGCCGACCGACAUCGAGCGGCCCGUGCUGACCACGGCCGCCGCGUUCGCCCAAUUCUUGGGCUCUUCAGCCGACGGUGGCGUGAGCGAUCUGGUGGGUCUGGCCGCGGCGGUGGGCGGGCUGGUGGAUCGACUGGUCUUCCGCUUCCCGCUCUUCAAUGCCACGCUCGACUACGACCCCAACCUCGGGCUCCUGCUCAAUGGGAAAGCGGAGAGUGACGAUGGCGGGAGUGACAACACGGUGCUGAUCGUGCUGACGACGGUGCUGAUCUCAUGCGCGGCGUUGGCCGUGCUGGCCGCUCUCGUGGCGGUCUACGUGAUUUAUCGGAGGCGAGCGAGCGGCGGACCCGUCAACGAGGAGCUCGUCGUGCAGCUCGACGCCGCCGACGAAUUCGACGGACGGGUCCUCUGA